AGCUGUUUUGGGUUUGAAAUUCCAACAUGGCAGAGGCUGCAGUCCGUCUUCCCUUCAAAAACUUGGAAUGAUUUCAAAUCAUAGGCACCUUCACUUAACCCUAGCUUCCAUUCAUCAGCAAACACAUCGGAUCGAUGCUACGCUAACCUAUCGGGUUCUCUCUCCGCGCGUUCAGGUUAAAUGAAUACCUGACGAAAGGGCCCACGUUUCAAGGCAGUGACAUUUGAUAGCUGAGAGGAAAAGUGGCUUUAAUGAAAAGCAACCUUUGGAAUUCCUGCUUGUGAGAAAUCCAAUUCAGCUUUUUGUGCUGCCAGCAAGAAAUGAUCAGUAGCACCAGUGUUUAUGGCUUGAAGAUGCAGUGGACGCCAGAGCAUGCCCAGUGGCCAGAACAGCACUUUGACAUCACCUCAACCACUCGGUCUCCUGCCCACAAAGUUGAAGCCUACAGAGGUCAUUUGCAGCGCACCUAUCAGUACGCCUGGGCGAAUGAUGACAUAUCUGCUCUGACUGCAUCCAACCUACUAAAAAAAUAUGCAGAGAAGUAUUCCGGCAUUUUGGAAGGUCCUGUGGACCGACCCGUACUCAGCAACUAUUCAGACGCACCAUCAGGACUAGUGAACGGUCGGAAAAAUGACAGUGAACCCUGGCAGCCUUCCUUGAAUUCAGAAGCAGUUUAUCCCAUGAACUGUGUUCCGGAUGUUAUCACUGCCGGCAAAGCUGGAGUCAGUUCAGCCCUCCCUCCAACAGAUGUCUCUGCGAGUAUAGGGAGCUCUCCUGGGGUAGCCAGCAACCUGACAGAACCUAGUUAUUCAAGUAGUACCUGUGGAAGCCACACUGCACCCAGUCUUCAUGCAGGGCUCCCAUCUCAGGAAUAUGCCCCAGGAUACAACGGAUCAUAUUUGCAUUCUACUUACAGUAGUCAGCCAGCACCUGCACUUCCUUCACCUCAUCCGUCUCCUUUGCAUAGUUCUGGGCUCCUACAGCCCCCGCCACCACCUCCUCCGCCACCAGCCUUGGUCCCAGGCUACAAUGGGACUUCUAACCUCUCCAGUUACAGCUAUCCGUCUGCUAGCUAUCCUCCUCAGACUGCUGUGGGGUCUGGGUACAGCCCGGGGGGGGCACCGCCUCCACCUUCAGCGUACCUGCCUUCAGGAAUUCCUGCUCCCACUCCCCUCCCCCCCACCACUGUUCCUGGCUACACCUACCAGGGCCAUGGUUUGACGCCUAUUGCACCGUCGGCUCUGACAAACAGUUCAGCAAGUUCUCUCAAAAGGAAAGCUUUCUAUAUGGCAGGGCAAGGAGAUAUGGACUCCAGUUAUGGAAAUUACAGCUAUGGCCAACAGAGAUCUACACAGAGUCCUAUGUACAGAAUGCCCGACAACAGCAUUUCAAACACAAAUCGGGGGAAUGGCUUUGACAGAAGUGCUGAAACAUCAUCCUUAGCAUUUAAGCCAACGAAGCAGCUAAUGUCCUCUGAACAGCAAAGGAAAUUCAGCAGCCAGUCCAGUAGGGCUCUGACCCCUCCUUCCUACAGUACUGCUAAAAAUUCAUUGGCAUCAAGAUCCAGUGAAUCCUUUGGGAAGUACACAUCGCCAGUAAUGAGUGAGCAUGGGGACGAGCACAGGCAGCUCCUCUCUCACCCAAUGCAAGGCCCUGGACUCCGUGCAGCUACCUCAUCCAACCACUCUGUGGACGAGCAACUGAAGAAUACUGACACGCACCUCAUCGACCUGGUAACCAAUGAGAUUAUCACCCAAGGACCUCCAGUGGACUGGAAUGACAUUGCUGGUCUCGACCUGGUGAAGGCUGUCAUUAAAGAGGAGGUUUUAUGGCCAGUGUUGAGGUCAGACGCAUUCAGUGGACUGACGGCCUUACCUCGGAGCAUCCUUUUAUUUGGACCUCGGGGGACAGGCAAAACAUUAUUGGGCAGAUGCAUCGCUAGUCAGCUGGGGGCCACAUUUUUCAAAAUUGCCGGUUCUGGACUAGUUGCCAAGUGGUUAGGGGAAGCAGAGAAAAUUAUCCAUGCCUCUUUUCUUGUGGCCAGGUGUCGCCAGCCCUCGGUGAUUUUUGUUAGUGACAUUGACAUGCUUCUCUCCUCUCAAGUGAAUGAGGAACACAGUCCAGUGAGUCGGAUGAGAACCGAAUUUCUGAUGCAACUGGACACUGUACUAACUUCGGCUGAGGACCAAAUCGUAGUAAUUUGUGCCACCAGUAAACCAGAAGAAAUAGAUGAAUCCCUUCGGAGGUACUUCAUGAAACGACUUUUAAUCCCACUUCCUGACAGCACAGCGAGGCACCAGAUAAUAGUACAACUGCUCUCACAGCACAAUUACUGUCUCAAUGACAAGGAGUUUGCACUGCUUGUCCAGCGCACAGAAGGCUUUUCUGGACUAGACGUGGCUCAUUUGUGUCAGGAAGCAGUGGUGGGCCCCCUCCAUGCCAUGCCAGCCACAGACCUUUCAGCCAUUAUGCCCAGCCAGUUGAGGCCCGUUACAUAUCAAGACUUUGAAAAUGCUUUCUGCAAGAUUCAGCCUAGCAUAUCUCAAAAGGAGCUUGAUAUGUAUGUUGAAUGGAACAAAAUGUUUGGUUGCAGUCAGUGAUAACUUCUUUAGAAAAAAAAAAAUGUAAUGAAUGUUGGCACACACACAUAAAACCUGCUACAUAGGGAAUAGAGCCCCUUUCCAGUAGUGUUUAAAUUGCAAAGGGUACUGGGGAAGAUGACGAUUAAGUUGCAUCUUUAGAGUCAGGGUAGAUUUGGAGGAAAAGUGCAUCAAAUGAGAGCUUCUGAUUUGAAAGCCCCAGAUGACAGAAAGUAUAUGUGGAUGCUCAGUUCUGUUCAAGCUAGACAACACUCACCAAGGAGCAAGGUGCAAGUGUGUUGAUUUCAGAAGGACAUGAACCUCGUGUGUUGAUUCCAUUCUGCUGUUCUCGAGAUUUAGUUGCUGUCAAGUGCCUGGAGUGGUGCUUUAUUUUUUUGUUUGCCUCACAAUUACAUUGGUGGCAUGUGCUAAUAUAAAGAGCUUUAACUUCAAACAUUAUUGGACUAAAGAGAUGAACAGUUGUGUUAUGACAGAAAACCAGAUUUUUGCCAUUUUAAGAGCAACAGUAUUCCUCAAUCCUGUCUGUUCUGCAGUAUUAAGCUAAGAACAGGUAAAACAGGGUAACGGUAAUCUGGACCUUAAUUUCUGCAGUUCAUUUCUUUUAAUGUUCUUGUCUGCAAAAACUCAGGAAAGUGAUUGUGAUUUGUACAGUACCUCAAAGGAAUGUGUUGAAAGCACUAUGUACUGCUGAGAGUAAUAGGAUAGGCUUCAAUGUUACUUUAUAUUAAAAUGUAUGUUUACCUCAACAAUUGGAAAAUAGCAAGGAAAAUUACUUUGAAUGUAUCCAGAAAAAUACUGAAGUGUGAUACAACUGAAUAUUUACAGUUUAAAGUAGAAAUGGAAGGAUUUUUUUUAAGUUCUUUUACUAAUUAUGGGGAAUUAACCAGAGCAGAAUAAUUCUUUAUGUCAAUAACUGCAAGAGUUCUUAGUACAUUGCUCCUUGAUAAUUAAGUGAAAAUGUUCUUAAAAGGUACACUGGUUAAUUGAAAGCUACUUACUCAGUUUGUGUUAGUGUCUAGACCUGUCAGCCACAAGACCUGUUUAGGACCCUGAAAGUCACAGUACCUAAAAACUAUGACUGCCUUUUUAUUGCAUAGGUGGUAGUGGUGGUGAUGGUGGUGGUAGUUUGCAAGUUCUCUCUUAAAACUGCUGGGAAUGGUGUCAUUCUAUUCACUAAUCUAGCUUAUAGACUUGCCGUGCUAUUUGAUAGAAUGCAGAGGAUAGCAACCAAAACAAACACACAAAUAAAUAGAAACAAAAACCAACCAACCAAUUUACAUACAUACAUACAUAUAUAUAUAUAUAUAUCUCCACACAAAACCUCUCCAUCUCCUCCCCUUCUUUUUGACUCCACUCUUGUCAGUGCAAUUUUGCUUCUCAUUUUGAAAUCUGGGCUGUAGUGCUCCUGCUUUAUUUCUACCUCAGUUUUGUUACAUUUCUCUUGGAAAGUAAAGUAGAAAAUUGGAAGUGGACACACACACUGCAGUGUAGCUUGCCAAACAUGUUGCUUUGUUUUCUUCCGUCUUUCGCCAUAAAUCUAGUUUCCAAAAACAUCAGCAUUUAUGCUUACUUCCACUUCAGUUUACCAGCCCCACCCCCACCCAUGACAUAAGUGGCAUUUUUCUUAAUUUUCUGUUUCUCUCCUGCUCUCUGUCAAGUUGUUCUUUGUAUCCUUUAAUGCUUUAUGUGCAACCUUUCAUUGAUAGUGGGCUGAUGUUUGGCAAUGCUUCUGAACAGUCACAAUGCAGGCUGUAGCUUUCCACAGCCACUGCCCAUGCAUAAGCAGAACAGCCUGGCCUUUUGAAUGUAUUUUCCUGGGUUUUUUCCCCUUUUCUUUUUUUAGUUUAGAGUUGCAGUAACAAAACUGUUGCAAAGCACUGGCAUUUUAUGUAUUCAAUAAAUAAGUGAUGUAAUUUUUUAAAAAAAUUUAAAUAAAUGCAAUGAGAAGCCCCAA